AUGACUUCAGAGGUACAUCAGUUCAUUGCUGCCUGCCCUCAACAUGCCCAGUCAAAUUCCUCCGUCCAGCAGCUGUCUGGGCUCCUACGGCCCUUACUGGUCCCUCGAUGCCUGUGGUCACGCAUCAUCAGGUAUUUCAUCACAGGUUUACCACCUCCUGAUGGGGCCGUGGUGAUCAUGACAGUCGUGGACUGGUUCUCCAAAGAGGUCCUCAUUGCCAUCGAGAUGGCAGUCUUGGUUCUCCAACAUGUAGUUCGCCAACACAGCUUCCCUCAGAAUGUUGUCCAACUGGGGCCCACAAGAAAACCCAGCGCCGCCCCACCGGAAACUUUACCAGCACUGUCCCCGGCCCUCGGUGCGCGUCCUCGCCGAUGCCAGUGCUAUCGCGGCCGGCUAAAGUUUGGAAAAGGCCGCCCGUGCGGCCACCCCCUUUUCCUGGCCGGCUCCGGGAGCGCAGGGAGCCGGCGGUGGGAUCCCAAGCCCAACAGCAGCCGGCCGGAGAUGGGACGGAGGACCAGGUGUCUGCGGGAGGGUAGGGCGCCGCCAAGGUGCAGGGCAAACAGCGGCCGUGCCGUCACUUUCCAGCCGGCCACGGCUUCUCUCCGCCAGCCGCUGUACAGGACAGCUCCGAGGGUGCGCAAGGCCACGGCCCGGAAUUGGAACCCGCUCGUCUUUGCGGUUCUCGCCAAAAAGUCACUCACUUCAAAACUGAUGGCUUUGACGUUUUUCUCAAAAUCAUGGACUGCUGUUAAAUUGGAUACUGUUUAGAUCUGAAACUGACGAAGCUCUCCCCAACAUCGUAAUGUUCUUGUUGCCAUUUUGGCCGUCUCGCUGUUCCGAAUGAGAUAAAAGCAGGUGGAAGAGGGUUGACUUAAAUCAAGAUAUAGAAUUUCACCGUUACAUUGAAAUGGUGCAUAACCGGUAAAUGCUGCGAGAUUGUCCUGAAGAAUUCUGCCAAUGCCACGCUGUCAUUGAUUGCUCUGUAUUUUAUACUAACAAGGACUUUGCUUGAAAAAAUGAGUUGAAAUACCCACUGACCUGUAGGGCCAGAGAUAAUCCUGCAACAAUGGUUAGUUUCAGGAUAAAGUGAUAAAGAAAGGUAUGUCAUUAUGCCAAGGUUCAUAAGUGCUAAAGAUUUUUAUAACCAGGCGGCAGAAUAGAUAGUCCUGCAAAAGAAAAUACUGGCUUUAAAUACUGAUCUUAUAUUGUCACAUGUGAUAUAGAAGUGGAGGAACAGAAUUGAAAUUUUCACCUGAUCAAGAUGUGAAACUAUCAUUAAGGUGAUGUACUGAUUAGGCCUAUGAAAAAUGAGCUUCAUCCAAGCUAAUGUUAAUGAUAAGCUAAUUCUCCCUUUAAGGAGUUUUAUUUAUAUUUGUAUAUAAUUACAUGGUGCGAAGAGAGUGGAACUGAGAGGGAGAGAUGUGUUGGCAAGUAGUUAGGAUUUGGAUGUGUAAAGACUUAAGGUGAUCUCAGAACUACUCGUCUUCCCAUUUCAGGUGUGAUUAUAACCAUUUGUUCUGUGCG